UGCAAUUUUUAUUUUCUUUUAUUUUUUCAUUUAAUGGGCUGAUCAAGCGAAGGGUUCAGUGUACAAUUUUGUCAAUGCCAAUGUAAAACAAAUUGAUUGUUAAAUUUUGAAUUUCAGAUUUUUUUCAACGCUGCUUAAAAUCACAAGCAAAAAAACCUAAACGGGCAUUUCAGAUUAUAUUUAUUAAUUGGAAAUCCGUAAAAAUUUGCGUGGUUAUUUUUUUAAAUUGCUGGAAAUUUAAUUUGUAACAUGUUAUAUGGUGAAAUUAAUGUUUAAAAAAACAUUGUAAAAACCCAAAUUUCAAACCAGUUUCUAAUAAAAGGAAAAAAGUGUUCUCAAGUACUUAAUUUUUUUUUGAAAAAAAGUGUUCUCAUAAACAAGAAUCUUGAGGAAAAAAAGUGUGUGAAAUUUAUAUAAAAAUCGCAGCAUUUAGAAAAUUAAGUUAGUUAUAAAACUUAACAAUUCACAGAAUCAAUGUAAAGAGAAAGAAAAAGGAAACGGAUAUCAAAAAUGGAAGGAAAUUUCAGUAAGCAAUCUCUUAAAAUCUUCACUAUGUUAUUUCUCGUUUGGAUUCCUCUAACCUAUGCUUUUCCCUCACCCUCUACCGAUGAUAAUAUGAUCCAUAAUAAUAAUUACGAUAUGAUUAUGCCCGAUGAUCAUGAACCCGCUGAGUCUAUGCAUUUUCAAAAUUUCGAUGGUUUCUUUAAUGCCGAGGUAGUGGCCAACGAUGCCAUGUCUGAAAUGGAAAUGGAUGAGAGUCGUAAUUCGCCUAAGAUACGUGCUCCUCAAGCUUUGAAUGCUAAAGAGAAACGUUUACGGGAACAACUUGAAGAAUUGGAUGUACAGCGUGAAAAACGUAUACAAAGAUCAUUGACUAAAGGAUCCACUCGUCCACGUGCAAAUGUUAACGAUUGGGAUCAAUUUGAUUAUGAAAUGUUUGUGAAACAUCGUUAAAAUGUUUUGUGUUUUUUCAUAACGAGUUUUGUUACAAUAAAUUGAGGGUUUGUUUUUUUUUUGUUUUUUAUUAUUUAUUUAUUUUAAAUUAUUAAAUAAAGUUUAAGUUUAUUAUUAUUAUUUUAUAAGUUGCAAAUGAAAGGA